ACACACCACGUGCUGCUUGACGGGACUUCCGGUCUGGUGCAGCCACAUCCGGCCUGUGCGUUCCAAUUUACUUCCGUGCUGUGCGUUCCACAUUACGUCCGGGUACCAGUUUCCCGGGACUCCUCCUGCUGCUAGCGCCGUAUCGCGGAAGUUACUGUACAUUCCGCAGUGGAAAACACCAAGGAGUGGGAGUAUAUAGAGGAACACAGGGGUCUGUACAAGGACGUGAUGGAGAAUCACCAGCCCCUCACAUCACCGGAUGGAGCCAGUAACAGGAAUACCCCAGCGAGAUGUCCCCGUCCUCUUUAUUCCCAGGAUUAUACAGAGGAGAAUCACAGUGUCCAACAGGAGGAUCAGGGUGACAAUCUGAUUAAUAUUAAGGUAGAAGCUAUAAAAGAGGAAGAAGAGACGUAUGUGAGGGGUGAUCAGCAGUGUAAGGAGGAGGAAAUCCCUACAGAUGGAGCCAGUAACAGGAAUAUUCCAGAGAGAUGUCCCCGUCCUCUUUAUUCCCAGGAUCAUACAGAGGAGAGUCACAGUGUCCCACAGGAGGGUCAGGAUGAAGCCUUUACUACUACUACUACUACUACUACUAAAGUAGAAGAUAUAAAAGAGGAAGAAGAGACGUAUGUGAGGGGUGAUCAGCUGUGUAAGGAGGAGGAAAUCCCUACAGGUAUCAGCACAUAUGGAUGCAGAAGCAGGAAUACCUCGGAGAGUCAUCUUUUAUCUUCAUGUUAUAAAAUAGAAGAUAACAUCGUCCAAAAUUCUGCAGGAGAAACCCCUAUUACACUAAAUGCACAGCCGGUGUUGGACAGAGGAGAUACGUCAUCUGAUCCCUCUAAUCAUAAAGAUUGUUCUGCUGAUACGUUAGAUGAUGUUACACAGAGCACAAGCCCUACAGGUGCUAAAAGGUUUCCCUGUUCUGAAUGUGGGAAAUGUUUCUUCUAUCUUUCAAGCUUUGUUAAACAUCAGAGAACUCACACAGGUAGGAAUCCAUUUCCAUGUUCUGAGUGUGGGAAAUGUUUCAAACAUAAAUCACAUCUCGCUUUACAUCUUAGAGUUCACACAGGUGAGAAACCGUUCUCUUGUUCUGAGUGUGGGAAAUGUUUUGCACGGAAGUCCGCUCUUGUUACACAUCAGGGAAAUCACACAGGUGAGAGGCCAUUUCCAUGCUCUGAGUGUGGGAAAUGUUUUAGACGUAAAUCACGUCUUGUUCUACACCGGAGAACUCACACAGGUGAGAAGCAAUUUUCAUGCUCUGAGUGCGAGAAAUGUUUUAUAUAUAAAUCCGAUCUUGUUACACAUCAAAGAUCUCAUACAGGUGAUAAACUAUUUCCAUGCUUUGAUUGUGGGAAAUGUUUUACUCAGAAAGCAGGUCUUGUAAGACAUCAGAGAAGUCACACAGGUGAAAAGCCAUUUCCAUGUUCUGUGUGUGGGAAAUGCUUUACACAUAAAUCAGGUCUUGCUGUACAUCAGAGAAGUCACACAGGUGAGAAGCCGUUUCCAUGCUCUGAGUGUGAGAAAUGUUUUACAGAUAAAUCAGCUUUUGUCAGACACCAAAGAACUCACACAGGUGAGAAGCCGUUUCCGUGCUCUGAGUGUGAGAGAUGUUUUACAGAUACAUCUUCUUUAAUCAGACAUCAGAGAACUCAUACAGGUGAGAAGCCAUAUUCAUGCUCUGAGUGUGGGAAAUGUUUUACACAAAAAACAACCCUUGUUGUACAUCAGAGAAUUCACACAGGAAAAAAAAACAUUACUGUGAGGUGAUAGACAACCUAGGGUUGCAGUCAUAAUCUGAUUAUUAUGAUGAUGGUGAUAUUAUUAGUGUAAAUGAUAAAUUAGUGUAAACCUAUAUUUACUGUUUGUGUUGACAUCACCGAUUUCUAGAGGGCCUUUUAAAGCUUCCCUCACACAGUAUAGUAACGUUAUAAUUUAAUUACCAUGUACAGGCAUAGGUAUAAUGUGUUUCAUCAAUAGAAGACUUGAACAUACAGCAAUUUCAUACUAUUAGACAUUGGGUAUCACUGUGCAUAGUAUUAAGAUCACGUUGUUUUAUAAGGUCCUAAAUAACAUAUAAUAAGUGAAAAAGUAUAUCUAUCUGUUUGUCCUUUAUGCAAGGCCAGUGUUUAUGGACCCUAAAUAAUGCACACUGCACACAUUGCCCAAGAAUGGUUUGGGUUUGAGGAACAUGAUGAGUGUUGUCCUGGUCUCCAAAUUCACCAGAUCUCAAUCCUCUUAAGCAUCUGUAGUAUGGGUUAGAUUAAUGCCUAUGCUCCAUGAUAGCUCCAGCUCACAAUUUACAGGAGAUGCUGGUAACAUCCUGGUUCUGGAUACCACAGUGCACCUUUAGAGGUCUUGUAGAGUCCAUGCCUCGGCCGGUCAGAGGAGUGUAGGUGGCACAUGGGGGAGCAACAGUGAAUUAGAGGACCAAUCAGAUUCUACUUAACAUUUAUCUAGCUGUUACUAGAAGAUAAUAAAUAGAAUCUGAAUCCCACCUUAGUACGUUUAACCCUUUGAGAUGCUUUCUCACCCCUGUGCUGUGUUUAUUUAGACAACAUGAGUAUCUGUGAUGGCUUUAUGCAGCACCCACAUAAAUUAUAUAUUUGGGGGGGUUUUUUGUAGAAGGCUUUUCAUUCCCAGGAAAUGCCAUUCCACUUUGAGCAUUCCUAUUGAUAUGGCAAAAUAAAAUCUUCCCAAAAUGGCUGAAGAAAUGUUUUUGUUUUUGAAAAAUUGAGGGAGUAAAUUCAAGGUUUUUAAAAAAUUUUUUUUUAUUGUUUUUAUAAACUUUACCGAGAAAUUUGUAGCUUUUGGUUCUGCAUUGAUCACCUUUCCAAAACUAAAAUAGCCCAUUGUUUUUUGUAUUAAAAUCUUCCGUUGACCCCAGUUGCAGGGUAAUCCCAAGUGUCUGGCUGACGGGGUGUGUUACGGCACUGAUGUCUGUAGUGCAGUGAGCUAAGCCCCACCCCCUCCGUGACAUCCUGAUUCUCUCCCAGCCCGCACCCGCAGUAACAACUGAGGAUAGUUCUUGUAAGAACUACAGCAUAACAAACAGUGGAGACAGCUAUUCUGUGGCUUAUACAACAUCCAUGAGAUGCAACCUAUCAAUUCAUUGAAAACCAGCGCCAUUAUUGCAAGAACUUCAUGAUGUGAUCGAUUAUUCUAAAGAAUGCCCCCAAAAUGGCUGCCUGUGUCACUGACAAUUGUAGUUUGUAUGUGACACCUUUUAUAAAUGUGAUUAUUUUUAUAUUUCUGUUAUAUCUAUUGGGGGGGUAUCUAAUCAGGUGUGCACAUUCUUUUGGCCAAUAAAAAUGGGCACCAUUU